AGAACGUUCUUUCUGGGUUCGCAUACUUUCGGCAGCGUCCGCAUGUUCUUCGACUAGUGAACGUAAAAUCUGCGACAGAUUUCAUAUCCGAUCAAUCACAAGUAGACCGCGGAAGUGUCACCAAUAACUAUCGUUUUAUACAUUGGAUCUUCGUGCAGAAUAAAAACUUUUCAUGUCAACUGUGGGAAACGGUAGAUAAAAUGUACUUCUUUCGCUAAGUUUAGACUGAUAUAACAACGUUCUUAAAUUCAUCUGAAGUUUGCAGUUUUAUUUUACACACGUUUUUAUUUAUUUUGUUCUUAAUUCUACGAUGUCUGCGAUGUAGAUAUGUUGUUCUCCACCUAUUCAAAUUCUUCGGAAGAAUUCUUCAAAUCUCUGUUAUAAUUCGCAUAAAGAUCCGUGGCUUGACUCAAACAGUUACUGUGUGAAACAGGAACUGUGAUUAAAAUACGUUAUCAAAGUGGAUCGUGAACAUCGCAGCAUAAUUAUUCUACGUUCCGGCAAUAAUUUAAACUGACUUUUAUUCGAUCGAAUAUACGUGUCGAAGGAUUCGAACGAUUUAAACACAAUUACAUAAUAAUAUUACGAUUGACAAUGUGACUCGGAAAGAAUCGGUACGCCAUAAAGAAAAUGCCAGGGCACUUUACCAUGAGAUGGUUACCUAGUUGUUGCCUCUCUUGCUACCCACUGCAUCGCACUCGCGAGUUCCAGAACGUCGCUUUCUCAAGGGAGAAGAUCGCUGAUCCUGAAGAGAAGGAACAGAUAGAGUUGCACAGAACAAGGUCCGACGACUCGUUAACGAAGAACGAAGUUCUAACGAAGUCAGACACGAGUUUCGAUAUCGCGGAUCAGUUGAAAUUUGCAGACUCGAGGAAACUCAAGGAAAACAUACUCUCCUCCAUCGACUACGACCCUAAAGAGCGGAGAACCUCGUCGAGACUCGUGCCGGUUGACUCGGUGAAUUCUAAAGCGAGACGAGGAAGUAAUGGCGAUUGGAGACAGGCAUCCGAAGGAAAUCAGAAAUCCCCAUCGCUCGAAGAGAUCUUCCCGAAGUGUAAGAUGAAAAAGAUGAAGCAACAUUCGUGGCCUUCUCCGCUUACGGACGUAUUCCCCAAGCGCUCGAUCAGGAAAUCGAGAGGAGCCGGCUCGAUGAACUAUUGUGGAAACAGAACAAAUGAUGGUAGCAGCUUGUCGGAAGCAUGCAGCACACCCAUCAUCGGCGCAGGAUCUAGAACAGGCUCAAAUCCAGUGAUGGACGUAGAUGACAUGGAUCAGGGAUUGCAUUCAGGUCAUCUUGCUACCCGAGGGUCCUUAUCUAGUCUUGGGGCACGCUCGGAUUCAAUGGCGUCGGUUUACAGCGGUGCUGGAGAAGGCCGGUGCUGUCGCUCAGUAGCUGUCACCGGGGAAGUCGAAUUCGCGUUGCAAUAUGAUUACAAACACCUAACGUUUGAGGUGCAUGUAACAAAAUGCAAGAAUCUUGCUCCCGUUGAUGUGAAACGCAAACGAUCCGAUCCUUACUGCCAAUUUAUAGGAGCAAUCUACACGUAUGUGAAAGUCUAUCUAUUGCCGGACAAAUCGAAGAGCGGCAAGCGGAAGACCAAAGUGAAAAAGCACACAUUGAAUCCGGAAUUCAACGAAACACUAAAGUUUCAUAUGAGUCUGAGCGGUCUGGAGACCAGGACACUAUGGCUGACAGUUUGGCAUUCGGACAUGUUUGGACGCAACGAUUUCCUUGGAGAAGUGCGAAUGCCCUUGGAGAAUAAAAUCUUCGACGAUCCUACCCCGAAGUGGUACCCGCUUCAAGAGAGAACGGAACCAUUCGACGACCCUAUCGCGUACAAAGGUGAGGUGAUCGUCGGUCUGAAAUUUGUGCCACCGGAUCCCACGCAACAGGAUCGUGAACGAGAAAUCGGAUCAGAUCGAACUGCUUCGAAGUGGAAGAAAAAUUGGAGCCGAGGAGCGUUGCACGUGCUCGUGAAAGAAGCGAGAAACCUGCAAACUAGAGGAAAGAAUUCUGGCACGUGUGAUCCAUUUUGUAAAAGUUACUUACUACCUGACAAGGGUCGUUCAGGAAAACAAAAGACUGGAGUGGUUCGCAGAUCUGGUGGUUCACCAGUAUGGGGUCACACUUUUAUUUAUAAAGACGUGAGUCUACAGGAACUGGCAGAACGAGGCCUGGAAUUGACAGUCUGGGAUCACGAUCGUAUCGCUAGCAAUGAAUUUUUGGGCGGAGUACGAUUUAAUCUAGGAACAGGGAAACAUUAUGGAAAGCCGGUAGAUUGGAUGGACGCCACUGGUCGCGAGCUUUCGCUAUGGCAAAGCAUGAUCGAGAGACCCAAUUUCUGGGUAGAGGGUGCUGUCACACUAAGGCCAAAUCUGCACAACCAUGGGAAGAACAACGGCACUUAGACACCUCGAUGAUUUCCACCAUGUUUCAGCGACAGUAUGAUUCGCGUAUCAAUGGAAUUACAAACGAUUCGGCCUAGGCUAACCGAACUGUACAUACGUGGCCUGUAUUAAUGCGGCAAACGGUGAAUAGAUCGAAAUGUGAUUCUCGGAGAAUGGAAAUUAGUGCCUUUUGGGAGCAUCGUAUCCUGUCCAGGACACAGUCUGAAAUUUCUAAUGAUCGUCCGCCGUUGACGAUAACAUUUCGCAACACGAUCGUUACCAAUAUUGGCGCACUGCCGCCAGGUACUUACCUAAUUUAAAUUUACGAAUACGAUCGAAUCUUAAUUUUUCAGUUAGUGUUUUACGUUCACGUCGAGUUUAAUUUGUACAUGAUAUCGUAAACCGUACUAGUUCUACUGUAGUUCUUAUUUCAUAAGUGUCUUGUUCUCACGUUUUAAGUUUCUUUAUGUGAAGAGCUACACGAUAUACAGAGUAUUAAAGACACAUAUCUAGUACUUAUAUGGUACAUGGAACACAUUAUAUUGAGCAACAAAAAAUUUGAUAAACAUAGAAGCAACAUAAAGAAUUAAAUUGUCCCGUGUUCCUUACUUGGUAUCAUCCAUCUUUUAUUUGCAGGUUUGUAACAAAUGGUUUACUAGUAAUUUUCGUGGUACACUUAGGUGAAUCACCUUGCAUAAAAAAAAGUUUGUUAUCUAAGAUUCUUUCAUUUAGUAUGAUCUGUCCUGUACCGCAUAAGUACUGAAUGAUUCUUUUUAACGACCUGUAAUACUUAUUAUUACUUCGUGUCUUUCACGUUCUUUCGUAUCGUUCUCUAAUUACUUAUUCUACCCUCGGUGUCUAUGUCCCAUUUCUGCAAAGUACGAGAACGCUAAUUAGAUAAAGAACGAUCGAUUUCGAUGAACGUUGAGGUUGACGCGCAGAAUCGUGCAAUAUGUUGAAGGCAACGCAGGUACACUUACUUCGUCCUCCUCCGAUAAGUUUGAUGAUAGUAGACGAUUGCGAGACAAUUCUUCAUGGGCAUCCGUCCAACCGUGAGACGAGAUGACCAAUCGAGUAUUUACGGUACAUGAGCAUUCUUCGUGGCCAAGCGUGUAUUAAUCACGAAAAACAGAAAAGAUGGGAAGAGGUAAUUAAUGCCACUGCGUUCCAAAUAUUCACUUCUCAAGGAUUGACAAUAUGACGAUUGAUUUUCGUUUCUACAGUACUACUCUCCCUGGCAAAAAUUAUUCGAUCAAACGGAUCAAAUGUCUAUCGUUGUAAUUAUUCAUAUCUUCAAUGUAAAAAAUGUGAUUGAGAAUUUAUUAUUUCAUUUUUGGUAAAACAUUUCAUUGAUAUUUUUCUGAAAUAUUCUUUAUACAUUUAAAAUACUACUUUCCACUUCUAAUACACGCUCAAAUAAUGCGUUUAACAAUAUUUGUUUCCAGGGUUAGUUUGCAAAGUGAAUCACCUGACUUUCAAACUUAAAAUAUGUCAGUUGUUUUUUAUUGACUUAGGAAAAUGUCUAGGGAAAACUACGUUUUUUUCAAAGAUGCAAAUAUUGAAAUAAAUAUUUUUUCUCAAGGUAAUGUUCUCAGAAAUUUCAACCAUAUAAAAUAUGUUGUUCUUGCUAUAACCUUAGAUAUUAAUAUAAAUUAACUUCUUGACCAUUUUUUGCAUCAUUAAAAAUAACAAAAAGCUUUUAGUAUGAAAUAUUAGAUAAUUCACUGUGUAUGUUUUAUUCUUCUUUCUUUCUUUUUAUUUUUAUUUCCUUGUUCCGUUCCUAUUUGUGUGCAUGUUUGUCAUCUACCAACUCUGUCUAUGUAUACUAUUAUUUAUGGAACAGAGGUAGAGAUGUUUAUUAAAUUUAAAUGAUUUAAAUCGAAUACAAUACAGAAAGGGAGUGGAACAUGGUUAAUGAACAUGAAAGAAGAUGUAACAUUUGGAACGUGGUGGCCAUUGUGGACACUUUCCUUUCUUGGAGAGAAAGAUGCUUCCAGUGUUGUACAAUACUCUGAACAUUUUUUCUUGCGUCGAACAUUGCCAAGUGAAUGGAAUGGUAUAUUUAAGAAAUUAAAUAUGACCAAUUCCCAGUACUUAACCAUGUAUCCAUAUAAAUGUUAUAUUUAUACAUUCUGGUAGGAUUAAUAAGAGUAUGGUAGCAACAGAGCUCGGAACAAGCUUCUGUCAAUGCUGGAACUCUGAAGAGAUCGGUGUCUUAUGUACAGGCAGUUCUCAGUUUUGAAGUAAGAUCAGUGAAAACCAUUUUUAAUAAUUUCAAAAAUACAAACAUAUAAAUACAACAAACAAUGAUUAAGUGAUUUUCAUUACCUUGUAUAUAGUCAUUGAAUGUUUCACUUUCCGAUUCAACUACAUAAAAGGAUCGUAAUUGGUUUGUUCACUCUGUUAAACCUUUCUCGUCGAUAUCCGGUAUUUACACGUCAGCUGUAUUUAUCUUUGAAAUGGCUGAAAAACUAUUGUUCGAUUUAUGGUUUUAUUUUUCUAUGUAAUUGUCACUAAUUUGACAUUUUGACAAGGUAGAAAAGUGAUACUAAGCCUUAUAUUUUUUGAUAUAAUAAAAAAGUUGUUAGCAAUGGUCUAAAAAUUUCUCUCUGAUAAACGAGAACACACAUACUUUGUAAAUUAUAAAUAAUUACAUUCUCCAGGCAAUGAUACAAGUAAUUCUCUUAAAACUUGAGACUUUCCUCAUGAAUUAGUAAAGCAAAUGUAAUACAAUAGGAAAUUUGUAAAUCUUGCUACUAAACUGUUUCAUACUUAAAUUCCUACACUUCCAAAUUCAAUUUCGCUAAGUAUCUAAUUCUUCAGGAUUGAACGUAAUCGAGCACUGCCUGUAUUUUUCACAAGUAGACGAAUCAGAUGUAAAACACUGAUGCACGAGGAAUCUUUGUAAUUCGAGUAUUCGAGCAUUUUGUAUAAAGUGAAUCAGAAAGUUGAUGUACUUAACGAAUUUGGUAUUUUAUACUUCACCAAUCACGCAGUUGGUCAAGUCUUUAGUAUUUGGCGAUAACGCAUAAUUAUAUGAUAUAAUCACACUCUCAUUUGGAUUUAUUUUGACUAAGAUAUUCAAGAGAUCCAAUUAAUUUCAUGGUUCAUAAUAACUUUUCUGAGCUGCCAGUUAAUUACUCGUGUCGGAUUCGAUAAGAAAAUCAACGUAACUCAAUCGAGCACAUAAUCCAAAAUGUAUUUAACAAAAACAGUCGAAUGGGGGCCCAAACAGAUCCAAAGAUUGCUAUCUAUGUCUAUACAAUCGAGAGGAACGUCUACCUUCUUGGCGUUUAAACUGUAAAAUUCAUUCCAAAUACAGGGUUAACAAAAUCGAAACUACAAACUGCCUUCGAUGCACGUUCACGCGAGAUGUUUACACGACGAGUUGGAACGUGUGGCUACACAUUAGGAUACUUUGAAACGUGCAUUCAAUGUGAGGUUAAUUAUCUGUUCAGUGGACGCGGUCAACGAAAGCCAGAGAUUGUUCUUCGUGCAUUAAGGACCAAUAUAACACUAAAUUAACAGUAAAAGUCAAUAGCAAGGAGAGGAAGCCUGUUAACACAUUGCGGCCCACUAUUACUUAUAAGCAUCCCUUUUACUGCUUAGAUUUUGCAUCCAGCGUUUCAAACGCAUCAUUGGACGACUUAGCUUCCGGAUAAUAUUGGAGGUAGUUUUAUUGAGUGCAGUAACGGGAUACAAUUAUAAAUAUGAGCAACUGCCUAAAUCGAACUAAACAAUAUCAGAGAUGUUUGUAGACAGAUUUUACCGAAAUUUUUCUAUAUAAAUUCGCGUACACGAACCAUAAUGUGUAAAAAUUCAAGUUGCGCAUCUGCCCAUCUCUGUUUCCAAACACCAAACGCUUGGAACAAUGUGUGACGCUCCUUUAAGAUAUGUUAGGAAAUACAUAGAAUUAAAUGCCUACUUACAAUAUGUCUCAUACAUCGUUGUACAUGAUAAUAAAAAUUUUAUACGUUUA